UUGUCGCACCGGAAACAGUCGCUGGCUGUUUGCUGCAGGCGAGGGCAGAAAGAGACGCUGCUGGGCGCCUCCCCUUCCCCAAACCAGCACAAAAAACUACCAAAAAUCAAGCGAUACGCUGCAGAUAACGGCGCAGAAACCUUCCGACGGGGCUUCGGCGUCUCCUCAGGCUCUUCCCGGACAGAGCAGCUCCUCCGCGGCCCGCUGGAGCGCGUCAGACUGAAGUUUGAGCUCCGCUUCGCAGCUCUAACUCCUCCUUUUCUUUAUCUCCACCUGCAAACGUUCCCCUCCUUUCUUUCUUUUCUGCUCGUCCCGGACCAUGUGUGAUAAUGGGGAUCUGGAGGACAAGCCGCCCGCGCCGCCCGUCAGGAUGAGCAGCACCAUCUUCAGCGGCGGGAAGGACACGCUGGCUGCCAACCACAGCUCCAAGCCCCUGCCCUCGGUGCCCGAGGAGCGCAAGCGCAACAAGAUCUACUCCAUCUUCUCCGGAGCCGAGAAGGGCGGCCGAAGGAAGGACCGAGAUCGAGAGCGUCCGGAGAUCUCGCCGCCGUCAGACUUCGAGCACACCAUUCACGUGGGGUUUGACGCCGUCACCGGAGAGUUCACGGGAAUGCCGGAGCAGUGGGCGCGGUUACUGCAGACCUCCAACAUCACCAAAUCAGAGCAGAAGAAGAACCCGCAGGCCGUCCUGGACGUGCUCAAGUUCUACGACUCCACGGGAAACGGCCGGCAGAAGUACCUCAGCUUCUCCUCAGAGAAGGACGGAUUUCCCUCUGGUGAACAGUCGCCUGUGAAAAAAUCACCAGAGCCCUCGUCUCCAGUCAAAACGGUGGAUGACGAUGAAGACGAAGACGAUGAGGAGACGCCGCCACCUGUUGUCGCACCACGACCAGAACACACCAAGAGUGUAUAUACUCGACCAUCGGUCAUCGACCCCAUCCCUCCUCCAGUGACGUCUCCAGACAGCGAGGUAGCAUCGAAGGCAGGCGACCGACAGAGACCCAAAAAGGGCAAGAUGACGGACGAGGAGAUCAUGGACAAGCUCCGAACUAUAGUCAGUAUUGGAGAUCCAAAAAAGAAAUAUACACGAUACGAGAAGAUCGGACAAGGAGCUUCGGGAACGGUGUUCACUGCCAUCGACGUUGCUACUGGACAGGAGGUGGCCAUCAAACAGAUCAACCUGCAAAAGCAGCCCAAGAAAGAGCUUAUCAUCAACGAAAUUCUCGUCAUGAAGGAACUGAAGAAUCCAAACAUUGUCAACUUCUUAGACAGUUUUCUGGUAGGUGAGGAGCUGUUUGUCGUGAUGGAGUACUUGGCUGGUGGCUCGCUCACAGACGUCGUAACCGAGACAUGCAUGGACGAGGCCCAGAUCGCCGCUGUAUGCCGAGAGUGUUUGCAGGCACUGGAGUUUCUGCACGCUAAUCAGGUCAUUCAUCGAGACAUCAAGAGUGACAACGUGCUUCUGGGAAUGGACGGUUCUGUCAAGCUCACGGACUUUGGAUUCUGUGCUCAGAUCACUCCCGAACAGAAUAAGAGGAGCACCAUGGUGGGAACAAUGAUGUAA